ACGGUCAGUCGGGGUUAAGACUCCGUGACGUUAUCGCGUGUCAUCGCUAUGAUCAAAAUUAACGUGUUAAUAUUAUUUUCGUUAUUCCACAACGGAGUUAAAAGUUUACCAAAUGAAAAAAUCAGUGAAGUGUUCGCUUGGAAGCAGAUAAGCUACGAUUUUGAUGGAGUUUUGUAUUAUCAAAACUCUGACGUAAAGAAAAUUCCAAACGGCGUCCACUUUGACCAAGACUUGACCGAUUCUGAGAAGUUCUUCAUUCAGUACAACAACGUGCCCGUCGGCGUAGAAGUGUACGGUAGUAAAGUGUUUGUCACCGUGCCGAGGCGUCGUCAUGGUAUCCCAUCAACGCUCAACUACGUGGAGAGGACCUCAAAGUCACCAGCUCUGAAGCCGUACCCCAACAGCGAGGGUCUGGUCUCCGUGUACAGGCCGAGGGUUGACGCGUGUGACAGACUGUGGGUGGUUGACACUGGGCUUUUGGAAGUACCGGGCAACCGAACACAAGUGCAGAAGCCAGCGAUUGUUAUAUUUGACUUAGAGACAGACAAGCAAAUCUUUAGAUACGAGCUGAAGGAUACGGAUCUCGUCAACGAGAGGACUCCUGGAGGUUUAACAUCGAUCACGAUUGACGUCACUAAAAAUAACUGCGACGACGCGUACGCUUACAUCAACGACUUAGCGACGGUGGGGAUGAUUGUCUUCUCGUUGAAGUCCAAGAACAGUUGGAGACUCAGUCAUCCCAGCUUCGCGUACGAUGAAACUUAUUUAAACUUUACCGUUGCUGGUUAUACAAUCAACUGGAGGGACAGUCUAUUCAGUAUUGCGCUAUCGGAACCUGACGACGAGGGGCAUCGCACUGCAUACUACCAUCCACUCGUGUCUCCUUUAGAGUUUUCCGUCAACACGAAAUAUUUGAAAAGUGGAAAACCGAUAGACCGUUAUGUGAAACUAGUAGGUACAAAAGGACCGAAUACACAAAGUGGUUCACACGCCUACCAUGAAGGUCUAAAAACAAUGUUCUACGCUAACGUCGCUCGAGACGCCAUUUUGUGCUGGCAAGUUGAGAACAAGAUGGCGCCCGAACACAUCGGAAUUGCUGUGCAGGAUCACAAGAGAUUAGUCUAUAUUUCAGAUUUGAAAGUAAUCGGCGAUGACGUCUGGGUACUAGUGAAUAAGAUGCCAGUGUUUGUGUUCUCAGCUUUUAGCGUCAACGACUACAACUUCUUCAUACACAAGUUAAAUGUAUUCGAUCUUUUACGGGAUACGCCGUGCGGAAAGCCGUUGAUAUAAUUAUAUGAACGCUGUGAAUUAAUUUGGACAUUUUAAGGACAUUUGAGAACAGUAUAUGGGCAUGCGAUGUCAGGAAACAGAUGAAUAAUUUAACAGUUCCACUUUAUCAAGAAAUCGAAGAUUAAAUGUAUAUGUUAAGUGUUUAGUAAAAUGGUGAGAACAAUAGAGUGAAGAAAUGCUUAAGACAAUGAAUUUAAUAUAAAUUUUAAAUUACAGAUUUAAAUAAACCGGAGUAUUUUUUAC